AUGGUGACGCGAGUUAUCCUACUGUCAAUCUUUGCUUUGGUGAUAGCUGACAAUGCUCCCGAACAGAUUCACCUCUCUUUGGGUUGUGAACCCAACAGUAUGACAGUAACGUGGACAACACAGCAUCAGGCUUCCGCAUCGGCAAUUCUCUAUGGUCAGAAUGAGCCCAAGAUUUUCAUCUCGGCCUUGCAAACACCUUUUGUGGAUGGAGGCGAAGAGCAGCGUGUAAGCUACAUGCAUAAAGUCACCCUUCGGGAUCUGCUGCCCAACACCACUUACGUUUACAAGGUAGGCAACAACGCCUCAACAGAAGCAUUCAUCUGGUCAACCGUCUACUCAUUUCGGACACUGCCUUCGGGCAGUGAUUGGCCACUCUCAUUUGCCAUGCUUGGAGACAUGGGAGUUGAGGGGGGCGUCUCAAUCCCCUACCUGGAAAGCGACGCCAAGUCGGGAGUUUUUCAAUUGUUACUUCACAAUGGUGAUUUUGCAUACGACUUCGAUACAAACAAUGGACGUCUCGGCGAUGCAUUUAUGCAACUGAUGCAAGAGACCGCCGCUCGAGUGCCUUACAUGACCGCGGUGGGUAACCACGAAAGCGCUUAUAACUUUUCGCACUACAAAGCGCGUUUUAACAUGCCCGGUGAAAGAAACGAUGACAUGUUUUACAGCAUAGAUGUUGGACCAGUUCACUUUGUGGCCUUUGUAUCCGACUACUACUACUUCCCGCAAUUCGGCACGCAACAGAUCUACCGACAAUACGUCUGGUUGGAGAAGGACCUUCACGAGGCAAACAAGCCCGAAAAUCGAGCCAAACAUCCGUGGAUAAUCGCCUUCAGUCACCGACCCAUGUACUGCUCCAACAGUGAUGACCCCCAGCACUGCACCAAUCCAGACAAUUGGAUAAGGACGGGAAUACCCUUUACAGACGGCAUAUCCAAGUACUACCUCCUUGGUUUGGAGGAGUUGUUCUACCGUGAAGGCGUGGACAUUGUGUUUGCCGCACACGAACACUCCUACGAGCGUUGCUAUCCCGUCUACAAACUCAAGUUGUGCCCCAGUCACGGAAACGAUCCCUACACCGAUCCCACAGGACCUGUACACAUUGUCGCAGGCUCAGCGGGCAACAAAGAGAGUCAGGAUCCUUUUCUGCCCACUCCACAGUCCUGGUCCGCUUUUCGAUCUGAUGACUACGGCUACAUGAGGAUCACUGUACACAAUGCCACCUAUAUGCAUCUGGAACAGGUCUCUGUGAAACCCUUUCAAGGCUACUCGGAGGACCCCACAGUGAUUGAUGAAUUCGUGAUUCGAAAAUCCACCAACCGACCCAACUUCACGUGCCACGAAGGUCUUCAGCGCAGUGGAGCUCCAAGCCUCAGCAUAUGGGAUUUACUGUUCGUGCCAAAAGGACGUGAUAUAUAA